AUGACGCGCAGGAAAGGCCGACUGCAUAUCAGAGACGUCCGAUACGAGCCAAUGUGUGCCACAAGAGUCAAAGAAAACAAUGAAGACAACGAUCAGAUGCUACCUGGCUUGGCUGCCAUGGCGACUCAACUACCUGCAUUGACUGCAUGGACUAGACAAGUAAGAGAGAACGGAUGGGGGGGUUCAAGCUUCAGAUGGCUGGGGCAGGUGGUUAGUUAUUAUCAUGUUUUAUGCCGCGUGUGCCAGACAGUAAUGGCAAAUGCUCCAUGUCCAUGUCCUUGCCCAUGUCGAGCCGAACCAUGGAGAUCGGAGCGGGUUCAGAGGUCUAAUAUGGAGUAUCAGAGGUCGAAUAAAACGUUGAGGCACGACGAAGACGGUCUGGUCUGGUGCCUUAACAAGGUCGAAAAUUGCAUGGUGUGGCAGACCCCUGUGGACGUUGUGUUACUGGUUUGUUUGAGAGGCUUUGCGACAUCUUCACUGGCUCAAGAGCCAUGGAGCCCAUGCAUGCUGAUGCCGCAGCACACCAAGGCACAAGUCGUGCGUGACCUGCAGGUCAGAGGUAGCUCGAGGGGUGGAUCUGGAUCAUGGAUGGUCAAGCAGCUGUCAUGGCGGGCGAUGGCGGAGAUGGUGCACGAUGGUGCACGCCAGGACCAACGGUUGCUGGGACAACCCCACACUGACUGUUUAUCCACUUCGAGCCAAUCAUGUCCACGCCCCUCGACAAUGUCCAUCAUCGUGCAUUCCUUAAGUGCUGCCACUCGCAGAGAGCGUCAAGUCCAGUCUCUCCUUUCGUCAACUCCGCCAUCUCAUCGUCAGUAUCAUUUUUUGGAUGAUACAACGAGGGAGUUCUACAGUUUUGGCGGCUUACUAAACCGUCGCCUUUCUCUUGUCGACUCGAAUUGCUUGCUUCGAUUCGUGUCAUCCCGUCGAUGCUCGUUUCCCCAGAACUUGGACGUAAGGAGAGCGUCUGAUCUGCUUUGGAACAUCCGACGACGCCAAGUCGCCCACAGCAUUCCAAACUAUCCACAUUGCAUCACCCUGUGGUCAUUCUGCGACUCGACACAUUCCUCAACUCCUUGA